AUGGCAGCACCAUCCAUCCCCGACACAGCCAUGUCAGACGCCCCCGUAUCAACCGACACUACAAACACACCCUCAAUUCUCCCCCCCGACGGCGAAAUCCCCAUCAUCGACCCCGUUACGGCCGCCACCAUCCCCCAAACCCUCCCCUUCAUCAUCAACCCCGCGGCCGCACCGCCAACAUCCAACGGCACUACCGCGCCAGCCACCGUCUCCGCCGACGAAAUCGCCCUGUAUGAUCGCCAAAUCCGCCUCUGGGGCAUGGACGCCCAAGCCAAGAUCCAAAGCGCCAACAUCCUGCUUAUUACCAUGCGCGCGCUCGCCAACGAGACCGCCAAGAACCUCGUCCUCGCCGGCAUCUCCUCCAUUACCCUCCUCGACAGCGCGCCCGUCACCGAAGCGGACCUCGGCGCCCAGUUUCUUCUUUCAUCGUCGUCAGACGCUUCGCCUGUUGGCCGCAACCGCGCAGAAGCCGCCGCCGAUAACCUGCGCAAGCUGAACCCGCGCGUCACCGUGCACGUCGACCCCGAGGGCGUCAAGGCCAAGAGUCCCGCGUACUUUGCCAACUAUGAUAUUGUUGUCGCAACAGACCUCGACUCCGACUCGUUCAAUCUCAUCAAUACGGCCACACGCAUCAACAAUAAGGCCUUCUACGCUGCCGGCACGCACGGCAUGUAUGGCUUCAUCUUCUCGGACCUCAUUGAGCACGAGUACGUGAUCCGCCGAGACGCUGGCAACGUUGCGACGGCAGCCAACACGCAAGAAUCCCGCACGCGGUCCAUCACGGCCGUCACUACGAAGAAGGAAGGGCCCAAGGUCGUCGAGUCCGUGUCGAAGCGCGAGCUCUACUCGACGUGGUUCCUUGCGUCUGAUGUGGCCACGCUCCCGCAAGAGUACAUCUCCUCAAAGCGCCGCCUGCGUGCGGUCAGCCCGACGCUCUCGUGCCUACGUGCACUUUGGGAGUUCACAACGCUCCAGGGCGGCCGCUUACCAUCUAACCGCGAAGAUCUGAAGCUCUUCACGCAGCUGGCAACGCAGAAGCAUAAGGCGCUGAGCUUGCCAAGUGAGACACUGCGCCCCGAGUUUCUGCGUAGCUUUUUACAAAACCUGGGAAGCGAGAUUGCCCCUGUCACCGCCAUUCUUGGCGGCCAGCUUGCGCAGGAUGUCAUCAACGUUCUUGGCCAGACGCAGCAGCCUAUCCAGAACACGGUUGUGUUUGACGGCACCACCAUGGAGGCGCAGAUGUAUGCUUUGCAUCCUCCUGGUGAGGCCCUUGGUCGCGGGUUGCUUGCAUCGGCGGCUCCUGUGGUUGUAGAUGGAGUGCUGCCGGCUGUUAUGAGCGGUGCACUGCCUGUUGAUGGAGCAGUACCGAUUGUGUAA